AUUUCUGCUCUCCAUAACUAGAACACCUCCAAUGGCUUCUUCCGAUGAUCCAGCUCCGGAGAACAACCACGUCUCCGUCUUAGCUAGACAAGCUCGAAACCCACCGACACAUUUUUUCUUUCCUCACAAUCCUUCUCCUCGUACUUACUACUUCUCGGCGCCACCACAGAUUUAUUUCAUCUCCGACAUAUAUCUCCCUCCUCCUCCAUCAAUAUGGGUGUAUUAUCCUCUUUGGUAUAUUAACCCUAACCCUAAUGUAUAUGAGUCUACACAAGAACUUCCUCAACGUUACUCUCCAAACCCUAGCCAAGAGAUGACUCUUCCACCGACUAGUAGUAGAAGAGUUUUUGGCCGGAGAAGUUACGAACUAUGUGAGAAGGUGACAUGGAGGACAAGUAUCAAGCCGGAAGUUGAAUCCAACGGUGAUCACAUCACAACCGUCAUGCUUCGCAAUAUACCGAACCGAUACACGAGAGAGAUGAUGAUUCAGUUCAUGGAUAAGCAUUGCGAAGAAGCCAAUAAAAGUGGGAAAAAUGAAGAGUUUACAAUCUCUGCUUAUGAUUUUAUUUACCUUCCGAUAGACUUUAGGACUACAAUGAACAAAGGGUAUGCUUUCGUGAACUUCACAAAUGCAAAAGCAGUGUCCAAGUUUAAGGCUGCUUGCAACAACAAGCCGUGGUGCCAUUUCUACUCAAAAAAAGAACUUGAGAUUACUUAUGCUAGAAUUCAGGCUAAUGAGCUGGUGAAACGUUUCCAGCAUAUGACAUAUCCGGAGGAGGCCUACAGUGCGGUAUGUUUCAGCCCAGCUCGUAGCGGAGGGAAAGAUACAGUUCAAACCACAAUGGUCGGUAAAUGCAAUGAACCAGAUGGAAAAGAAAAGACUCAGACACCGAACCAAAUCCAAGUAAAAUUCUGAAAUGUUUAGUUUUGGAUUUGGUUUUUGAUGUGUGUGAGUUUUGACUUUUCAUAAUUAGUGUUAUGUUUAAGCGUCUACUACUCUACCUGUUUCUCUGAUCUAUAUAUAAUUUUCUAUGUUGUUGAACUGUUGUCUGGCGAUGUUUAUAUACAAAAAUAUAGCUAUGGUUUUCUCUUUUUUUUUUUUUCUAACAACAUAAAAAAAAAAAAAAAUG